AUGGUAGGAGCAUUAGAACGUGAACAAACCAUUAAGAAAUUGAAAUCCUUUCGUUUGAAAAAGAUGUUCGAAAUUCCAGGAAGACAUGUCAUUGACAAUGGAAAUGAUGGAGGGUGUGUUGUUGAUGAAAAGGUACAAUCAAGAAAUCGUACGCCUAAGCAGGUGGGUGAAUGUAUUCUUGAUGGCCAACAGAUAGGAAGUCCUCUUAAUCUUUCCCGUUCUGAUAUCGCUGGAGCUAAAAUACCGAGUCCUCGACAAAAGGGUCCCUCAGAAUUGGAGUUGAUGAAGGAAAGGUUUGCUAAGUUGCUUUUGGGUGAAGAUAUGUCAGGUGGUGGAAAAGGUGUUUCCUCCGCCUUGGCUUUGUCCAAUGCAAUCACAAACCUAGCUGCAUUUAUUUUUGGAGAACAAAAGAGAUUAGAACCUAUGAACCCAGAGAGGAAAACAAGGUGGAGGAAAGAAAUUGAUUGGCUUCUAUCCGUAACUGAUCACAUUGUUGAAUUUGUUCCUUCACAACAGUCCAAGGAUGGAAUCAAUACGGAGGUAAACAAGUCUAAGCAUAUUUACUUAUCCUUGACUCUGAUCAAACAUAAUUAG